AUGGGUGAUUUCGAGAAUCUGCCCGACUGUUUCUUGCGGCCGCGGUAUAGCGCCGCGCAGAUCGGUGGCUGUACGUACCGCGAGGCAGCGUUCUCUCCGGAAGACCGGCGUCUGUUUGACCUGCCUGCGUGGGAUCAGAAUGCGAAUCUGCGUCAGUGGCAGGACAGCCGACGCGACGGCGACGCACACGAGGACGUGCCGCGGGCGCUGAGGCCAUGGGAUGGACAGGAGGAAGACGAGGACCCGGAGGACGAAGAGACACCCGCGGCGUUCGACGAGACGCGGCAGCUGUGGGGUUUGAAUCUCCACGUGCCGCGAGCGUUCCAUCGAUUCGUCGUCGGGAAAAACAGACACACCUUGAAGCAGCUCGAGACUGAUUUCGCCGCGCACAUCCACGUGCCCGCUGAAGACGAGGAGGAAGAACUCGUUCUCGAGUGCCCAAGCCGCGAAGACCUCCUCGCGCUGAAGGCGGAAAUCGAGGCGCUGGUUGAGCAGCAGAAGAACAAGAUGCACUACACGCACUUUGUCUGCAUCCCCCUGACAGACGCGCGCCUCGCAGAGCGAUUCAAAAUUUUCAAAUCUCAGCUGCAGACCGCGCACCCGGACCUCGAUGAGGCUCUGUUCGCCCAAGCGCACCGACUCCACUUCACCCUUCUCAUGCUCAGACUCCCUGGCAAAGAGGACGAAGAACAGUGCCAGCGACUCCUCGAGUCGAUAGGCCCAGCAAUCUACGACGCCCUCGACACGCGCUCACUCGUCAUCCACCUGAAGGGCCUCUUCAUCAUGAACGACGAUCCCACGGCCGCCCACGUCGUCUACACGACUCAGUACAACGGGAACGACAAAGAUCAGGAGACGCUGAACCGACUGAAUCGUCUCUGCGAAGUGACCAUUCGCGCAUUUCGCGACGCCGGAGUCGUCUCAGACGAGGAGCUCCACCGGCAGCGGCUGCUAGACACGCAGGGGGAGAAUAUUUCUGUCAAGCUGCAUGCAACUGUGCUGAACGCAACGUUCCAAGUGCGAAAAGCAAAGUGCACACGCCUCCCUGCCGACGACAGCCAGGACCCCGCGGCGCCGGAAAAGCGACGAGAAGCUGUUCGCCAGGCCCGCGCAGGUUUCGACGCAACCGAAAUCCUCAGAGAAUUCCGCCUUUUUGAUUUCCUCAACACUAAAGCGACGUGCGUCAGCUUGUGCAGACUGAGUGGCGCGGAAGAACCAGGAGGCUUCUACCGCAGUGUCGCCUCUGUGAGGCUGCCCUAG